GUCGCGGACGCGCGCCUGGGGAGGGGCUGCUGAGAUCUCGCGGCACUUGGCGUGGUAUAAAGACUGGCUCCGGGGGACCUUGUUCUUCCUCUCCGAGAGAACACCAAAUGGCGGAUGACGCCGGUGCUGCGGGAGGGCCCGGAGGGCCCGGGGGCCCUGGAAUGGGAGGCCGCGGCGGUUUCCGCGGUGGCUUCGGCAGCGGCAUCCGGGGCCGGGGCCGGGGCCGUGGUCGGGGCCGGGGCCGAGGCCGCGGAGCUCGCGGGGGCAAGGCCGAGGACAAGGAGUGGAUCCCCGUCACCAAGCUGGGCCGCCUGGUCAAGGACAUGAAGAUCAAGUCCCUGGAGGAGAUCUAUCUCUUCUCCCUGCCCAUCAAGGAGUCUGAGAUCAUCGACUUCUUCCUGGGAGCCUCCCUCAAGGACGAGGUCUUGAAGAUCAUGCCUGUGCAGAAGCAGACGCGUGCCGGCCAGCGGACCAGGUUCAAGGCAUUUGUCGCCAUCGGAGAUUACAAUGGACACGUCGGUUUGGGUGUCAAGUGCUCCAAGGAGGUAGCCACUGCCAUCCGCGGAGCCAUCAUUCUGGCGAAGCUUUCCAUUGUCCCUGUCCGGCGAGGCUACUGGGGGAACAAGAUCGGCAAGCCCCACACUGUCCCGUGCAAGGUGACUGGCCGCUGCGGCUCUGUGCUGGUGCGUCUCAUCCCCGCCCCCAGAGGCACUGGCAUUGUCUCGGCCCCUGUGCCCAAGAAACUGCUGAUGAUGGCUGGUAUUGACGACUGCUACACCUCGGCCAGGGGCUGCACUGCCACCCUCGGGAACUUUGCCAAGGCUACUUUCGAUGCCAUCUCCAAGACCUACAGCUAUCUCACCCCUGAUCUCUGGAAGGAGACUGUGUUCACCAAGUCUCCCUAUCAGGAGUUCACGGACCAUCUUGUGAAGACCCACACCAGAGUCUCUGUUCAGAGGACCCAGGCUCCAGCUGUGGCUACCACAUAGUUUUAUACAAGAAAAAUAAACUGAAGUAAAGCUUG